UAACAUGAAUCAAUCCAUUCACAGUGCAAUCACGUAUCUAGUAGACACUAGUGUAAUUAAAUAAAUAAGGUGUGAUGUAAAUUAGAUAACAAAGUGCACGCGUCCCACUGAGUAGACUCAGUUGACUUGAUAAUAAUUUAGAGAAAGUAUUGAUGAUGCCCACCCAUAGUAUCGGAAAUGGAUAUCGGUUUAACAGUUGGAGGUGCGUUCCUCUCUUCAACUCUGCAAGUUCUGUUUGAUCGACUCACCCCACAGUGUGAUUUCCUUAAUCUGUUCCGAGGACGGAGGCGAGAUCAGCGUCUCUUAAAAAAGCUUCAUACUAAUUUACUUGCUCUUCGUGCUGUUGUCCAUCACAUCGAGAUCCAGCAAAUUUGUGACGAAGAUAUUCGGACUUGGCUGAACCAACUUCAGGAUGCUGUGGACACUGCAGAUAACUUAUUAGAUGAGAUCAGUUAUGAAGUUUUGAGAGUAUCUGGUGAGGAAACAAGUCGUUUUUGCUACUUAGACUCCAUGAUGCCCAAAUUGGAAGAGACCAUUGAAACGUUGCAAGACUUGGAAACACAAAUUAAUUGCCUCACGAUCACCCUGAAAGCUCAACUGGUGACGGGUAAAAAGGAUUCACCUAAACGUCUCCCAUCAACUUCUUUGGUUGAUGAAUCAGGGGUAUUUGGUAGACAUCAGGAAGUUGAGGAAAUAAUUAGCAAAUUGUUAUCAUCUGAUGAUGAUGCACAUGGAUCUAGUGAUGUGGUUCCGAUAGUGGGAUUGGGUGGAGUGGGCAAGACAACACUUGCUCGAGCAGUUUACAAUGAUAAGAGGAUAAAACAACAUUUCAAUAUUACAGCAUGGGUUUGUGUUUCAGAAGAAUAUGACGCUUUCAGAAUUACAACAACAUUGCUUGGAGAGAUAAUUGGGUCAUUGGAUUCAAAAGUCAGUGCCAGCAAUCUUAAUCAGCUCCAAAUUAAGCUAAGUCAUAGGCUUAAAGGGAAAAGGUUCCUUUUUGUUCUAGAUGAUGUAUGGAAUGAAAACUACACUGAUUGGGAUGAGUUAAGGUGUCCUUUUGUUCAUGGGCGAAAGGGAAGCAGGAUCAUUUUAACAACAAGAAAACAAAGUGUUGCCAUGAUGAUGGCAAGUGAGAUGAUUCAGUUGAAAUCUCUUUCUGAUGAAGAUUGCUGGUCUUUGUUUAAAACACAUUCAUUUGAAAAUAGAGAUCCCAACAAAUAUCCAGAGCUUGAAGUGCUUGGCAGGCAAAUUGUGGGGAAGUGCAAGGGGUUACCUUUAGCUGUGAAGACGUUGGCAGGUCUAUUGCGCUCUAAAUCAAAUAUUGAAGAGUGGGAACGUCUUCUGCAAAGUGAAAUAUGGGAGCUACCAAGUGACAUAUUACCAGUGCUCAAACUAAGCUAUAAUGACCUUUCUCCGGUGCUAAAGCGUUGCUUUGCUUAUUGUGCACUAUUUCCUAAAGAUCACCCCUUUGGUCGUGACGAGGUUGUUCAACUAUGGAUCGCUAAUGGGCUUAUAACACAGGGAGAAAGUGAUGAAACAAUUGAAGAUACAGGGAAUCAAUACUUUUUGGAGCUAAGAUCAAGAUCCUUGAUACAAAAGGCAUCUGAUCUCUCUUUGUUGAAAUGGGAAGCAAGGGAUGUGUUCUUGAUGCAUGACCUUGUCAAUGAUUUGGCUCAAGUUGUGUCUGCAAAACUUUGUCUCAGGCUUGAAGAUCAUCCAAGGACUCACAUAUUGAAAAGAGUUCGACAUUUGUCAUAUCUUAGAGAUUGCUAUGGUGAGUUUGACAAGUUCAAAUCUCUUUCUGGCCUUGAGUAUUUGAGGACAUUGAUUCCCGUAAGGAUUAAUUUUUAUUCAUUUCUGAGCAAAAAAGUUGUGUAUGACGUACUGCCAACCCUCACCUCCUUGAGGGCAUUAUCCUUAUCUGGAUAUCAAAACCAUGAGUUUCCUGAUGCCUUGUUCAUCAAUAUGAAGCACCUACGCUAUUUGGACUUUUCUCGUACAAAAAUUACAAAACUACCAGAUUCAGUUUGUACUUUGUAUAAUCUACAAACAUUGUUGCUGUUGAAUUGUUGGGGUCUUGUUGAGUUGCCGCCAGAGAUGGGGAGAUUAAUCAACUUGCGUCACCUUGAUAUUCGAGGAACUGGUAUUUCAUGGAACAUUCCUCUACAGAAAAGCAAGUUACAGAUUCUCCUACUUUCUUAUUCAACAAGAUUUGUCGUGGGUGCAUUUAGUGAUUCAAGAAUUGAAGAGUUGGGUGAACUUCAAAAUCUCCAUGGAUCCUUAUCAAUUUCAGAAUUGCAAAAUGUUGUUAAUGGCAGGGAAGCUAUUAAGGGAAACAUGAAGGAUAAAAAGCACCUUGAAGAGCUAUCUUUGUCAUGGAGUGGCAUUAAUGCUGAUGAUUCGCAAAUUGAAAGGGAGAUUCUGGAUAAGUUGAAGCCAGAUAAAAACAUUAAGAAGCUGGAGAUCAAUGGGUAUCGAGGGACAAAGUUUCCAGAUUGGCUUGGAGAUCAUUCAUUUAGUAAGCUUGUCUCAUUGAAUCUCCGGAAAUGUAGGGACUGCGAUUCCUUACCAGCACUUGGACAACUGCCAUCUCUCAAACAUCUUUCAGUCAGUGGAAUGCAUCGGAUACUGCAAUUGACUCAAGAAUUUUAUGGGAGUGUGUCUUCAGUUCCACCAUUUAGAGCUCUCACAAACCUUGUGUUUAAGCAAAUGCCAGAAUUGAUAGAAUGGCACGUGUUAGAGAAUGGAAGCUUUCCUCAACUCAAGCAUCUUGACAUAAUUAAUUGUCCUAAACUGAUAGGGGAGCUACCAAAAAGUCUUACAUUAAGGAUUUCUGGCUGCCCAAAGCUUGGAGUUCUUCCUGAUGGUCAAGUGGCUAUGUUUGGAAUCCAUUUGAGUUUGAUCCAUCAAAACUUCACAUCUCUUCAAAAAUUGAGAAUUUCAGACAUGCCAAACUUGGUGGAGUUGCCAUCAGAAAUAUGUGGACUAACAAAUCUUGGAGAAUUGAGGAUAUCUAAUUGUGCAAGCUUAAGAAUAAUCAGAAUUCAGGAAAUGCAACAGCUUAUUGAAUUGGUUAUUCGAAAUUGUCCAGAUCUUAUGUCCUUAACAAUUCUGAGUCUACCAGUAACACUGGAAAAAAUGCAUAUUUCACAAUGCGGAAAAUUGGAGUUGGAGUUUCCAGAAGAUAGCAUGACUGGAAGCUGCUGUAACAUGUUCUUUGAAGAAUUAAGACUUGAAAAUUGUGAGUCUCUACGCCAUCUCCCCUUUGGCUUUUCCCUUAGAGUUCAUACUCUCAUAGUCUACAGUUGUAGGCAUCUUCAAACGCUUUCAUUUCCACAUGGAAUUGACACCCUUGAAGUAGAAAGAUGUGGGAAUCUUAAAGCACUUACAGUACCAAAAGGAAUUCAUCUGAAAUUUCUGCAUUCGAUGAAAAUCUCAGGCUGUGAUAAUCUGACUUCUUUUCCACAAAAACUUGUUGCUCCGAACUUGAAGUAUCUUUGGGUUUAUGACUGCCAGAAACUGAAAGCACUGCCAGACUGUAUGCAUGAACUCCUUCCAUCUCUUAAAAAUCUUUGGAUUUCGAACUGUCCUGAACUUGAGUCCUUCCCUGAUGGAGGAUUGCCCUUCAAUAUAGAAAUCCUAGACAUCUCUAGUUGUCAAAAUCUGAUAACUGGCAGAGAGGAGUGGGGUCUACAGAGACUCCCUUAUCUUAGAUGUUUCAGAAUUUAUGGUUCUGAUGAAACUUCAAUUCUAGACGUAAGUUGGAAGCUGCCGCAGAGCGUCCAAACAAUUACCAUAGAGGGUCUUCCUCGUCUGAAAACACUAAGUGGGAAAGCUCUUGAGGGAUUCAAGUAUCUUCAAGUUUUGGAAAUUAAGCACUGCCCUCAGCUUCAAUCACUAUCAGCGGAAGGUCUUCAAGGCCUCACCUCUCUUGCAACAUUAGAGAUUGAAGACUGUUGUCAGCUGAAAUCACUUCCAGAAGUAGGGUUGCCUUCCUCGCUUUCUGUUCUGAAGAUCUCUUCCUGCCCACAGUUUCUAUCACUACCAAAAAAAGGUCUCCCCUCCUCUGUGUGUCGAUUAGAGAUCAAUGAUUGCCCAUUGCUGACUCCUCGUUUACAUAACAAGAAAGCGGAGGACUGGCUAAAGAUUGCUGGAAUCCACACUCUACUUAUAGACUAUGAAUUGGUCUAGUAGUGAAGAAGAACCUGGUCCCUUAUCUGAUUCGACUGGUAUGACGUGCAUUUUUGACUGGUAUGCCGUGUAUUUCAGUUUCUUCAAUCAAUAAAUUAUCUUCUUUUAGAUAUUUCACCUUUCAACAUACUCAAACAUCAAACAUUAUGCUAUUACUACUUGGAUAUCAAAAACUGAACCCGCUGGUAAUCUGGUAUAAUUAAAACACCAGUUACUGAUUCUUGAUUAGUUGGCAGUUUGGUUGCAUUCUUCAGCAGUGAUGGAGCUAGCUUUUGAUUGCUUCUGCAGAAAUAUUCCGCAAUUUCCAUACCAUAUAACUUAUAACCUUAUCAGUUUUAGUUAAGGAUGCCAGGGCUUAAAUAGUUAAAAAGUGUUGCAAGUUGGUGUCGUGAAUCUUGUUUUAGUGAUGAAGGUAUUUGUAUGCCAUGUAAAAGUAUUGAAUAAGCUAAACAAGGUCUUCAUCUCAGAUUUAUGGGAGAUGACAGCUUAAUUCAAGGCUUCCCCAAUUGUAUAAAGAAAGGUAAUCCAUCUAGUGUACAAUAUUCCUCUAGUGUGCCACUGCCACCUAAGCUGUCUAUAAUAGUUCAUCAGCUAUAUUGGUUUAUAUUACUACUCUUUUACUG